UCCUCAUUCUCCAAGAUGAGAGACUCGGUCCUCUCCGUCAUCUUUGCCUUGGCACUUUUCUUGGAGAGCUACACACCGUCCAUGGCGAUCCCGAUGGGCAAGAUGGAGGACACAGCCUUGGAGCAAGAUACUCUAGACUCUCUACUGAACGAAGAGGUGGCCGAUAAAAACCCUGAUUCAGUCAGAAGCGGGAGCUCCAAGAUCAUCGUGUUGGCAGACUCAGGCAUGUGGAAGAACCUGAACAGAGGACUUCCUCUCUACAAGCUGAAAGCUGCAGCUGCAGGACUUGACAGAGCCCUGACCCUGGACCGCAGAGAGGCUGACCAGGACCUGAACCCCAGCAUCUCCAUUGUCAGGAGGGACACCAUGAGGUGCAUGGUGGGAAGGGUGUACCGGCCUUGCUGGGAAGUGUAG